GAGAAAAACGCGGUUCAAAGCUCAUUUGGUACCUUUUGUCAUUUGUAAACGGGGUAAUAGAAGCAGAGAAAAACGAGAGAAAGAGAAGAAGAAGAAGAAGAAGAAGAAGAAUUUGAAAGAAAGAAAGGAGGGCUAAACACUAAUUGAGCUACGGUUUUUCAAUUUCUUGAGUGCGACGAAGCAAUGGACAAAAAGAUGAUGGAGCAUAAAUUGAGCCUCGUCUCUCUUGAUCAAAGCAGCCUUACAAGUAAUCUUCUGAGUAUUGGCGAUGACAAUGAAGUUACAUUAGAAACAAGAGACUUCUCUCCUGCACACUUGCUGUUCAAAAUUGAGUCAUUUUCCUUACUUUCAGAGAAUGGUAUAGACAAGAUUGAAUCAAGUGAAUUUGAAUCAAACGAUAACUACAAAUGGAAGUUGAUAAUAUAUCCGAAUGGGCGAAACACAGUGGAUGGAGCCAAUCAUGUUUCUGCUUACUUGGCUGUAGAGAAUGUAAGUAAUCUGGAAGCUGGAUGGGAAUUUAAUGCCGUCGUCAGCAUCUUUCUGUUUAACCACAAACUUGACAAAUAUGCAUUUAAGAAAGGUCAACGACGUUUUCAUCCUAUAAACCCUGAGUGGGGCUUUUCCAAAUUCAUUGUGAAGGAAACUUUGACAAAUCCAAGUAAUGGAUACCUUGUCGAUGAUGCUUGUGUAUUUGGAGCAGAGGUUUUUGUUGUCAAGAACAAAGGAAUUAGAGAAUGCUUGUCUUUCUUGAAAGUAACUGAUUCCUUUAAGCGUGAACUGACGAUUUCAAAAUCCUCAAAAUUGGUCAAUGAACGGUAUUCUGAAGAGUUCAAUGCUUGGGAUCAUAAAUGGAAGGUUUGUGUGUAUCCGAAAGGUAUUGGAGCACAAAAGGGAAGUCAUGUUUCGAUUUUCUUCCCCCCGGGGCACAUUCAAGUUGGCGGAACAAUUAUAUUGGGAGGCUCUGGAACCAAGCGUGGGGAAUUCGAUUCUUGGAAGGCACAAAUUGGAAUAGAGGCACACCCAUGCGUAUAUCAACUGAUAAUAUACAAUGGAAAGUACACACAGUCUUCUUCAAUUCAAUAUUGGCUUCUUCUGGUCAUACUCAGUGUUGUAAUGCAGGUCAAGUCAAAUCGGGUCGAAUCGAGUCAGAUCAAAAUCGUUAGAACUUAA